AUGCCGCAGACCUACAGCGCCGGGACAGUCGCGAGGAUCCGGUGCGGAUCUGCGCUCACAUGCGUUCAGUUCUCGACGGGAAGCAUGCAAUGCUGGGGACUCCAGGGAAAUAACGAAACUUUCCCUCCCAGCCGGAUCUACACGACGUUCGAUCUUGGCUCGAGGCAUGGCUGCGGGAUUGAGAAGAGCACAUCAAAGAUAUACUGCUGGGGGCUGACGGCAGAUGGACGGACCAACGCUCCGCAAGGAAGCUUUAUCGCGGUUUCGAGCGGAGCCGGUCACAACUGCGCCAUCAUGUCCAACUACUCGAUUAUCUGCUGGGGAUUCAACCCGUACGUGCGUUGCUGUAUGGUAACAAAGUCCUUACUGCAUUCAAGAUACGGACAAGCCAACUCCUUCGAUUCAGCAAGUGGCUUGCCAUCUAGGACAGCUUUCAUCAAGGUCUCUGCUGGGCUCUCACACACCUGCGGCAUAUUGAAGGAUAGCACGUCCACCACGCAAGGGAAUGUCGUGUGUUGGGGACAUGACAACUUCGGUCAGUCGUCAGGCUCUAAGACAUACUCAACCACGAAGUUCACAGAUGUGUCUGCUGGCAUGCAGAACAGCUGCGGUGUUGCUGUGUCAUAUGGAGGACAAGCGAACAAAAUGCUGUGCUGGGGCAACUCUGAUACCGGGCAGAACAGCCCCACAGCGACUGAGACCUGGCAGAGCAGCUCGUAA